AUCCAUGACCCCCUUUUUGUUCUCUCCGUUUUCUAGUUUUCAGGUCACCCGGCGAGGAAUCUCAUCAUCAUCCUCUGGAUCCCAUCUGAUCGAUAUUCUCUCUUCCGGAGGUGUGUAGGAUGGAAAGUAAAGAUGACCACGGGGAUCAUGCUCCUCAUGGAAAUGAAUGGGAAGUCAUCUCCCUUUCUGCAUCGGCUUAUACUGCUGCUCCCGGUCCUAUUAAUUUGGAGUUGAAGGAUGCUCGGAAAUAUGAUGCUUAUUAUGAAGCAGAAACUUCAGAUACUUUAUUCGUGUCUGAUCACUUUGUCUUUCCACCUAGUGAGCAUGAGAACUUACCCAUUGAAACUUUCUUUGCUGAGACCAACAACAAUAAGGUGAGCAAGGAUGUGGGUUUUUUAUUUGAAAGGGAUCAAGAGAAGAAUACUGAUGAAGAGGAUGAAACUGAUUUGACAAUGAAAGGAGCAGACUUGCCUUGUGACUUCCCAAUGAAGGGAGCAGACUUGUCUCCAGAGGGAGGCGUAGACCUGCAUUCUGAUUCUUCAAAUCCCCUUAGACCAGCAAAGGAUGCCAAAGAUGCGGCUUAUAACCUCCCAUGUGAAGCCUGGUGGAGAAAGAGGGCUGUUUCCGUGUAUGCACAGGCAAAAGAGGCGAAUACUUUCUGGUCCUUGUUUAUUGCAGCUACUGUGACCGGCCUCGUAAUCUUCAGUCAGCGGCUGCAACAAGAGAGGUGGCAGGUUUUGCAUCUCAAGUGGCAAUCCAGCAUCAGCAGUGAGAAGAUGAGCAGAAUACUAGGACCUCUCACACGUUUCAAAGAUGCCAUUAUUGGAGGCAACAGACAAGCUUCAUUCAUCAGGAGUGGUUCCUUGGGUGUUUAAAGAGAAGAACGAUCAACUGAAGAGACAAUGCUAUGACGACAUUCUUCUGCGUGUUUUUGGCUUUCGCUUCUCCUUCCAUCUCAUACGGCAGGUACAUAAAUAACUGUUUUAUACUAUAGGAUAUGAUAAUUAUUUCAUUUAUACAAAGGCUAGUGAAUGUGUUUGCUCGGCUCUGCCCAAAUUAAAAGCUUGGCUUGUGAGACUACCCGCUUCAUUGGCUUGUGUCUUUGGGAACGCCAUUGCCUUUCUGUCAAAGCUGCUCUGUAGAUGUCAAACCUUGUGUUUUCUGGUAACUAUGUUCUGUUCUUCUCUGUAUUUUUAAUCCCUUUGGUCAAGAUAAUGAAAGCCGCCACUAGAGUUGGUGGGUAUGUAUUGUGAUAAACCCAUGAAUAGACCGAACUCUAUUGUAAAGUUGUGGAGUCUUGUCUUCAUUGAUAUUUGAUUAAUACCAUUGUCCACGGGUGAACUAA